UCCUGACCUUACAACUGCGCAGCUCGAUUUCAUAUUCAGUAAUCAACACUAUGCGCUCAGCGAUCUCAUUAAUCUCAGGUGAAGAAGUAGGCAAUCACCCACUAAUCAAGCGUUUUUGUAAAGGAAUGGCUGUCCUCAAACCUCCUUGCCCUAAAUACGACUUCAUCUGGGACCCAGCGCCAGCUAUUCAAAAAUUAGCGUCCAUCUAUCCAUACGAAUCUCUUUCUUUAGAUAUUAUUACAAAAGAGCGUGUCUUACUCCUAACUCUAGCCACGGGUCAGCGAUUGCAAACGCUAAUUGCCUUCAGAUUGUCCCACAGACACUUAAACGACAAGCUCAUUAUCAAAGUACCGGAUCGCAUCAAAACAUCAGCACCGGGACGCUCUCAACCUGUUUUCUCUUUCACUCCGUUUAUAGGAAACGAGAACCUUUAUAUUUAUGAAAUUGUGAAGCAUUAUUUACUCGCGGCCAAGGAUCUCAGGGCUCUCUCUAGCGUCGCGUUCUUUGUUUCGCUUACGAAGCCACAUAAGGCAGUUUCCAGCCAGACAAUAAGUCGCUGGAUAAAAUUAAGUUUAAGCGAUUGCGGAAUUGAAACAGAUGUUUUCUCUGCGCAUAGCACCCGCCAUGCCUCUACGUAUCUGGCGGCUAGAAAAGGGGCUCUAGAUAUAAUAAAGCGCGCCGUGGGAUGGUCAGGUCAAUCACGGGUUUUUCGCGCAAUUUUAUAAUCUUCCAAGGGUUAAUCCCGAAGAUUUCAGUAAUACUCACGUCUUAGUCACGAAUAGAGCAUCCCGCUCAUUA